AGGAAUCGGACAGCGCUUCAGUGCGUGCGGAUGCAGGGAAGAUGGAGGAGGAGGCAGGAGCUGUUUGAGGACAUAUAGAUGCGGAUUAUGGAGGUUUGCGCCGUCAAAUGAUCAAAGGGCAAAAGACAGCUCUAAAUGGACACGACGUCGAGCACAUUUCAAUGGCAGACAUUCAACGGCAGAACUCCAGAAGAGCGAUGCUCACCUGCUCUACUUCUGCUUUUAUUUAAAUAGAAGGAUCGUCUGAUUUUAACAGUUAAUUUCUUAAAGAGCAUGCAGGAAGGUUUUGCAAUAGGACAUCAAGUUCGGAAUCUUUAUAUAAAAAAGAAAGACGAAUGUGGAAAACGGGAAUGGUUGCCGUUGUUUGUAAAUGCGGAGGAUGGAGAAAACGAAGGAUAAUAAACAUGAGCCCGAAUGUCCUUUAGUGCUCGCAGGGAUUUGGAAUUUGCGCAUUCUGUUGUCGGCGUUCUGUGCAUUAUGACGCCAUAAUAGAACUUUCGGAUCCGCCACUUGACGCGUUCUAAAGUAAACAAAGGGAUUUUAUAGCUCGGAAAGAUGAAAGUGCCGCGUCUGUUUCUGUAUUCAUGGACAUUUAUGGCCCUUCUGCCGGUCACCUCCUCCGCUGGCAGUUCUGGCUCACUGUUGCUCCGUGUCCCUCUGCAGCAGGGGCCCCUCUCACAGCCCGCGGCCCCCCGGGUCCCCUCGAGAGCCGCCCGGACACGCAGAGGAGUCCGUGUGAUGAAUUUUGUAAACAUGAUUGACAACCUUCGCGGAAAGUCAGGACAAGGGUAUUACAUCGAAAUGGCCGUGGGCACCCCACCUCAGAAGUUGAACAUCCUGGUUGAUACGGGCAGCAGUAAUUUUGCAGUUGGCGCCGCCGCUCACCCGUUCCUCCACAGAUAUUACCACCGCUCUCUUUCGUCAUCGUACAGAGAUCUGGGCCGUGGUGUGUAUGUGCCGUACACACAAGGCCGGUGGGAGGGCGAGCUGGGCACUGAUCUGGUGUCAAUUCCUCACGGGCCCAAUGUGUCUCUGAGGGCCAACAUUGCUGCAAUCACCCAGUCUGAUCGCUUCUUCAUCAAUGGAUCCAACUGGGAGGGCAUACUCGGCCUGGCCUAUGCUGAGAUCGCAAGGCCGGACGAGACUCUAGAGCCGUUCUUCGACUCUCUGUUGAGACAGACCAGCGUCCCAGACAUGUUUUCUCUGCAGCUCUGUGGAGCAGGAUUCACCCAGAACUACAGUGCUGGCAGCUCCACUGUAGGGGGCAGUAUGAUCAUUGGGGGAAUUGAUCCGUCCUUGUAUGUUGGGGAGCUGUGGUACACACCAAUCAGACGAGAGUGGUAUUAUGAGGUCAUCAUCGUGCGCAUUGAGGUUAACGGACAGGAUCUCAAUAUGGACUGCAAAGAAUAUAACUAUGAUAAGAGUAUUGUGGACAGCGGCACUACAAACCUGCGUCUCCCUCGUAAAGUGUUCCAGGCUGCUGUGAAGGCCAUUGAAGCGGCUUCAUCGACUGAACAGUUUCCCUCAGGUUUUUGGCUGGGGGAGCAGCUGGUAUGUUGGCAGGCGGGCACCACACCCUGGCAUAUCUUCCCUGUCAUUUCUCUCUACCUAAUGAGUGAAAAUAGAAACCAGUCCUUCCGUAUCUCCAUCCUGCCACAGCAGUAUCUGAGGCCGGUGGAGGACGUGGCCUCGGCACAGGAGGACUGUUAUAAAUUCGCUGUGUCUCAGUCGAGCACUGGUACAGUAAUGGGUGCCGUCAUCAUGGAGGGCUUCUAUGUGGUGUUUGACCGAGAAAACAAACGCAUCGGCUUUGCUGUUAGCACGUGUCACGUCCACGACGAGUUUCGUACGGCCUCAGUGGAGGGACCAUUCCAUGGUGUGGACCUUGAGGACUGUGGCUACAAUGUCCCUCAGACCGACGAGUCCACAUUAAUGACCAUCGCCUACAUUAUGGCGGGCAUCUGUGCCCUAUUUAUGCUGCCUCUGUGCCUCAUGGUCUGUCAGUGGCGUUUUACACGCUGCCUUCAUCCUCUGGGCGCUGGAGAUUUCUCUGAUGACAUAUCUCUCCUAAAGUGAGCCAUAUCAAAACGUACAGCAUUUAAACUGUUCGUAAAGGUGGCCAUCCUUGAGGUUCUCAAAGAAGGGGAAAUAUUGAUGAGGCUACUAUAAUUAUAACUACACGUUAUAAUUGUGAAUAUGCACAUACACACACAUACAUAGACACACAGGCUGUCCCACCUUGGAGGGAUUUCGUACCCUCUAAAUCUUUUUGAGUAUCUUACAGACUUUUAAGUGUGGAUAGCUGUCUUGGGACUGUUCAAGUUAAGUUCUGUAAAGUUAUGUAAACUAUAUGAGUGGAUGUGUCUGUGUUUGAAAGUGAGAGAGAGUUUGUGUGCUAUAUUAAGAUAUCAUAUUCUAUAACAUUGUUUGAUUGUCAAAAUGAAAAAAGGGUAACAGAGUACUGUUUAUGACUUAUACCAGUCCCCAACAAUACAAUGAGGAACUCAUACUGUAUUACUAUUAAUUACUAAGACGACAUGAUCUUCUGACUAUAUUAAUUGAAAACUUACAGUAAAUAGACUUAUAUGAUUUGUAAUAACGAAUAUCACUGGGUGAGAACAUGUCCAGUCAUAUUUUACCCCAAAAUCAAAAGAAAUAUUAAAAAAAUAAAGCCUAUUUUUGGACUAAGAGUCACAACAAAGUGAUUGCAUUGUGACGUUAUUCAUGACCAUUUCAAUAACAUUUUCUCCCAAAUUUCCAUUACCUCAGUGCACAUAAAUAAAUAGAAGUAAAUAAAUAAUGUGUAUUAAUUUUAUUUUAUUUUAUUAUUUCAAUUGACUUAAAAUAGGAUCUUAAAAUUCUUGUUUCUUUUGAUUUCUUAGUCAUAUCUUAUCUGGACAUGUUUUCUAGAGAUUUACUCAAACAUUCAUAUCUAAAUGAUGUAACAAAUAUUCCAUCAGCUUUUGUAUCAUUACACGUAUGGACACGUAUGGAACUGUAAUGCUGACUUCACAUUGCAAAUAUGAUUGCACACACACACACACACACACAUGCAACCCAACAAUUAAUGCACCUAAAACAAAUGCUGCUUAUUCUUAUGCAUAUAACUCACAUAUAUUAGGAAAAGCACACACACUCUUACAUCAUCCUAACCAAACCAGAUUAAGCCAGAACUAAACAUGUCUAAAGUGAAAAAUCUGCAGAGCAGGUUCCUACUGCUACUGCUAACCUGUAACAUGUAUUAAAGAAAAUCCAGAUUGGCAGCUCUUACAACCAAUAAAGUGCAUAAAAUA